AAAUUGUAUCUCAUUUGGAAGAUUUUUACAUUUUUAUUUUUUUCUAUUUCUCAAUGUAAAAGAAAAACCAAGACAGUAUGUCACUGUGGUGAAAUCUUAAAAAAAAAAUAAAAAUCCAGAAAUACUGUACCCUGCUGAUGUUUUAGUGAAUUAGCCUGCAUGAAGAUCUUUAACCAGAGUGCACUGCAUCAUCAAGAAACAAGUGUUGACUUGGAUAUGACGACAGCGUGAACAUGAGAGGACGCGUUUGAGAGAUGUGAAAAGAAGAAGAAGAAAAAUUGACACACAGGAAGUAGGAAGUAUAAUGUGCAAUAACCUUAGCGUCUAUGUUAGAGUGUGUAUCAUGUCUGACUGUGUGUGAGUGUGUCUGUGUGUGUGUGUACUCCACAGGUGUCGAAGUGUGUGAUGAACCACUGACCUAUGCUGAUACAAGUCCAGGACCAUGUCUCUAAAACUACCUCGUAACUGGGACUUCAGCACCUUCAAGGCUGAGACGAGUCGUAUUGCAAGUUCCAAGAGUGUGAUGCCUGGAGUAGGCGGCACCACCCAGGGCCCACCGUGCUUCUCCAAGUCCAUGGAAAAACCAGUGAAGGCUGGAUGGCUGAAGAAACAGAGGUCCUUGGUCAAGAACUGGCAGCUGCGCUACUUUGUACUCAGAGGAAGUACUUUGACCUACCACAAAGAUGGCAAGGAGUCUACAGUACAGGGGGCCAUCCAGCUGCGGUUCUGCAAAAUUAAUGAACUCCCUCCAAACUCAGACGACUCUGGAAAAUACCUGUUUGAGAUUGUACCACGCUCUACCAUCGACAGAGAGCGUUGUCCAAAUGUGUUUAUGGCUAACUCCCAGAGUGACAUGGAGGAGUGGGUGCGCACUCUGCGCAGAGUCGUUGGAGUGCAGACGAGUGGAGUGAUUGGAAAGAGUCUACUAGACACUGUGACCUACGAACAGCGUUUUGGACCCUGUAUGGUACCCAUCCUGGUUCAGAAGUGUGUGGAGUUCAUUAAAGCGCACGGACUGGACGAGGAAGGAAUCUUCCGUCUGCCCGGACAGGAUAAUACUAUCAAACAGUUCAGAGAUGCCUUUGAUGCAGGAGAGAGGCCAUCCUUCCCCAGUGAUACAGACGUCCACACGGUGGCGUCAUUGCUCAAGCUGUACCUGCGAGAGCUGCCAGAGCCAGUGGUGCCCUGGACUCAGUACCAGGACUUUCUGGAUUGCACUAACAUGCUGGACUGCAGCAGCACAGAGGGUUGGGAAAAGUUAGAGAAACAAAUCUCUCUUCUCCCCAGAAUCAACUACAACCUCCUCAGUUAUGUGUGUCGGUUCCUGUUUGAAGUGCAGCGGCACUCUGCAGUGAACAAGAUGACUGUGGAGAACUUGGCCACAGUGAUGGGAAUCAAUCUGCUAAAACCUCAGAUUGAGGAUCCCAUUACUGUGAUGAAGGCAACUCCUCACAUUCAGAAGCUGAUGACAGUGAUGAUUCGACAGCAUGAGGUGUUGUUUCCUCCCUCCAAAGACCUUCUGCCUUCUCCUCCCUCUAAAAAGGCUGAGAGCAAGAAGAGCACACCCCGAAGCUUUGUUGGCUGGGAGUCUGCUGAGAUAGGUGAUGUGUCUUUAUCCGAGUAUCCAGAGGAGGAGGAAGACAUAGACAGUCCAGCCACAGAGAGAGGUACCUGGAUCCCCCAGACCCCCCGUGCAAGUCUUUUCUCUCCUACAGGAGAUGACUGGCAUGAAAGUCCACGCAAACGGACCCAGACCCUCCCCACCUUCACCUGCCCUCUCAUCGGGAUGCCGGCGAAAGCUGAUGCCAUCAGUCGGUGGAGUCACAUCCAGGAAUGCUCAGAAGAGAAAAGUGGAGGGACACUGUCGGAGGACAUUUUUAAGAUCCUCGACCUCAAGGACUCAGGAGGGUCGUUGUUUGGUGGGACACAUGUCAGUAACAAAAAGGAGCAGGUGUCUACAUCCCGCAGAGGAAGUGAGGACACAGGUUCUUCAAUAACAAGCCCUCAAAAGACUGUGGGUGAAUCCCAGCAUUGUCCGUUGACAUCCAGUCAGAAGAGCGUAGAGAAAGUAAAGCGUUCCGAUCAGCAAGUCAACAGUCAGCCCGAGAUGAAACAAGACGACCAGCUCAGCGUAAACAGUUUGCAGCAAGAGAAUAAGGAGCUGAAGGCCACAGUGGCAGAGCUCCAGUCAGCUCUGGAGGCACAGCGACGUCGUGCAUCAGCUCUGGAGAUCUGCCUGAGGAACGCCGAGUGCAGUCGGGAUGAGGCCCAGAGACGAAACGAGGAGCUGCAGAGAGAUGUUCAGCAGUUUCUCAACACAAAACCUCAGGCCCCCACCUAAAAGGUACUCAACAGUUUAUGGAUUAAUGACAUUACACAUUUCAUCUGAACCAACUCCACAAGAGUCUAUGAUGGACAUCAUCAGUCCAGUGAAAUGUGGCCUCCAUUUGAAACCCGAUUUGGUCCGGGAUAUAAGUUAUUGUCUGACUUGUUGGUCAGACUACAGGUAAAGCUCUUUGACCGAAGGACAAAUUUGCUUUUAUUAAUGGUGACCAAUUUCAUGUUUCAUAUGAAGUAACGACUCAUUAGCAUCCCUGUGUGAUUUAUAUAAUUAUUAAUUAUUAUUACAUUUUUCUGAUUCUGGUUUUGUUAACAUUGAGUGUGUCAGGAAGUAAAGAAAAGUUUUCAGAUGUAUCCAGAUGACCAUCUUUUAGGCCAAUAGAAAGUCUGUUAUUACGUGUGACUUGCUGGAACCUACGGUGUUUGACCGUUUUGUGCAGGGCCACAAUUAAAUUUCAUGUACCGUAUUUUUCAGACUACAAGGCGCACCGGAUUAUAAGGCGCAUUAAGCGAAACAAAACAGUCAGCGAAACAAUUAAGCGAAACAAUCAAGCAUGCCCAGAUCCCUCCCGUCAUUAUCCGAGUCAGUCUUGUUGCUGUUAAUUAGUUGUUCAGUGAUGAUUCCGGCCUUCAUGAAACCUUGGACUACAUUUGAUACUGAUACCUUAGCCCAGGCAUCCACGAUUCAUUAGCAGAGAGUGACUUUGCCUAGGCAGUGCUCCAACGCAGUUCGCAAUUUAACUUUGAACGCCCUGUUAACACCAAU